AUGUUUCCGCGACAGUUCUUCCUCGUGUCAGAGGGGACUCGAAAACCAGACACUAGCGUUUUGCAACAUGCAGCCGAACAACUCUGGUCCCGACUCAAGGCCGACACGACUGCGUUCACAGUGUGUGCCAGUGGAGCACAACCAGGAUCGAAUGCUCUUUCCCCCGGUCAACCUAGGGCGAUUGUUACCAAUGUGGUGAUCAUUACGACAGGAAAACCCCUGGUGCCCACGAACUCCCAAAUUCCUUCCAGUUCCACGGGACCUUCGAUUCCGAUCAAAAUUGAAUUGCUCACUACUCCAACUCAGACACUGGAGAAAUCUGUGGGAAAAUUUGACAAUAAAGCACCGAAUACCAUAGCUGAAGAGACAACCAUCAGUUUGAAUAGUCCGGAUGCUGACCGAAAGCCAUCUCUAGCACCAGUGGGUGUUCCAUCUUCAUCCAAUCCAAACUCUUCCCCAUCCUGCUCUUCCUUCUCCUAUCCAUCACCAAACACGUCAUCGCCGUCACGGCCCGCCUCGACUGCGACGAUCGCCACGGAGGCAGAAACCCAAUUACAAACACGAAACGACCUACCAACAUCUGUGUUCGUGAAGACGGAAGAUGGAGUGACACAGUCAACGACAGAAUCCGGUGGUCACUCUGCGGAUCCAACCACCGCAGAAUCCCAGCCAGCACCGGUACGAACUGGCCAGUACACGUGUUUCACAUGUCGACAGCACUUCCAGUCCCAUACGGGACUGAAGCGACACAAUUUGGCACUUCAUGUCACCCAAGCACUUCCAUGUGAUCAGUGUGUCAAGGUGUUCCGGUAA